AACAGAAAAUAAACUAAUUAAUUAAAUUCCUGCUGACAUGGCCACCCAAUGCCGCAGCUGUGGCGAGCAGAUCUUCACGCCGCAGCCAAAGAACAUUUUCGAGAAGCGCAACCAUCGCAUUCGAACGGCCAUCGAGCAAAUCACGGGAUUGGAGAUUCGCCUGGAGGCGCUGCUGCCCCAGCACAUCUGCUCCUGCUGUCUCCUGGACCUGAGCCAGGCCAUCGCCUUUCGCCAGCGAUGCCUGAAGACGCACGAGAAUCUGCACCAGAGGUCGCCCACCAAAAGCAUCGCAUCUUCCUCCUCAUCGCCCACAAAAGUGGUGGCCAAAAAAGUGGCUGCUCCAAGAACCAUCGUGGAUUCUGUGCAGCUAGAUUGUGAUCCACUGUUUAAGCGGGAAGUUCUGGACGAUAUGAGUGAGCCGGAGGAUGAUAAGGAGUUCCUGGAGGACGAUAAAGAGUUUUUGGUGGACAUAAAACCCGUGAUUAAACCGCCACCACCCAAGAGAAUGCGGCGCGAGGAGCAAAAGCUGCCCAACAGUCAAUCGCCACGUGUCAUGGUCAAGCGUCUGCGUGUGCCGGAGUCCAAAAAGGCCGACAGUCCACCACCAGUGCGUCGGGAACCUGGCAAGCGGGUCAGAAAGCGACGACCCAAGCCCAAGGUCGAUCGUUCUAUCAAGCGUUAUGUGUGCGACCAGUGCGGCUGGUCCUUCAACGACCACAGCAACAUGAAGGACCACAAGUUGCGGCACUUUGCGGAGAAGUAUUCGUGCGACGAUUGCGGCCGAAAGUUCUACACUUUGCCAUUGCUUCGGCUGCACGUACGAGUGCAUCACAAGGGCGAGAAACCGUAUGUCUGCAAGUUCUGCGGCAUGGGAUUCGCCAACAGUCCCAGCCGCUGUCGGCAUGAGCGACAAGUGCAUCCCAACGAGCUGACCCAUGCCUGCCGCAUCUGUCAGAAGCGUUUCAACAGCGAGAAAGGUCGGGCCAAGCAUGAGGAGGGACACAAAAGCGACCAGCCGGAUGUCUUCCUCUGCCUCACCUGCAACAAGGAGUUCAAGGAGGGACAGUUCUUGCAGCGCCACUACACCACCAAGUACCAUCGCAAGCGGGAGAAUAUGCUGGUGGAGGGCACGAAGGAGGAGUUCCAGUCGGACGGAGAUCCCGAGGAGGCUCCCGGGUACAUGGAAGAAGGACAGGCAGAAAUGGAAGACAGCCAGGCCGAAAUGGACAUCCUUCUGGAGGACACCGCCUAUGAUCAGUACGAGAAUAAUGAGGCACUUUUGGACGGAGAGGAGGGGGCUAUCGAGGAUUUCAACAAUUACGAAACCAUCAUAGAAGAGCUGUACACUUAACUAUUCGCGCAAAAAUAUUGUUACGCACUUGGCGCCAAAUAUUCACAAAUGCGAGGGAUGCAGGCUAUCUAAUUACUUGGUUUGAAGAAUUUUUUUUUUAACCAGCAAAUGUGCCAGCACCUUUUUUGACGCGUUUUAAAUUCGGGUACUAUUUGUUAUACAAACAAUUAUGCUAACUGAUUAUGAUUUUCAAAUAAAAGUAUAUGGAAAUAAAGACCCACUUUAAACAGA